AUGUUACGUGUUAAGGACUAUCUGAGAAGCAAGGUUCAUAAAACGUCAUUUGAUGUAAAGAGGACACUUGACGCAGAAGACUUGAGAAAAGCUGAACGAGCCAUACUGAGACAUGUUCAGCAACAAUGCUUUCCUGAAGAGUUCAAAAUCCUUCAAGAAAAUGCUAAGGAAAGCAAAGGACAGAAAUGCAGAAUAAAGAAAUCUAGUCCUCUCUUAAGACUAGACCCAAGGAUGUUGAAUGAUGGUCUAGUUCAUGUAGGGGGACGCCUUCAGCAUGCAUCAGUGGAAGAGCAGACGAAGCAUCCCAUCAUUCUACCAAAGAAGCAUCAUAUUGUAAAGCUGAUUGUGCGGCAUCUCCAUGAAGCGUUGGGGCAUUCUGGACGAGAAUAUGUCCUGUCGUCACUCAGGUUGCAGUACUGGGUGAUACGAGGUAGAGUGGCAGUGCGAAAGGUGCUGAAGGACUGUGUGGUUUGCAGAAAGCGGUCAGCAGCUCCAAGCUCGCAGAAAAUGGCUGACCUACCAGAAGAUCGAGUGCACUCGGAGAAGCCACCAUUUUCCUAUGUUGGUGUAGACUGUUUCGGUCCCUUUAUGGUAAAACAAGGACGCUCUCAGGUGAAGAGAUACGGGUGCAUCUUUACUUGUUUGGUGGUACGUGCAGUUCAUAUUGAAGUAUUACACUCGUUAGAUACAGAUUCAUUUCUGAACGCUUUGCAGAGAUUUAUGGCACGUAGAGGUCAGCCAGAAGUAAUCAGGAGUGACAAUGGCACCAACUUUGUUGGAGGUAAUCGUGAACUGAGGGAAGGAGUCCAGAAGUGGAACCAGCAGAAAAUCCAGAAUCACUUGUUGCAAAAGGGAAUCGAUUGGAAGUUCAACCCUCCAAGUGCCUCUCAUAUGGGGGGCUCCUGGGAAAGACAGAUCCGGACUAUCAGAAAGGUCCUAAGUGCGCUACUGAAGCAACAGGCUCUCUCUGAUGAGGGCUUAUCUACCUUGAUGUGUCUGGUGGAAGCUGUUAUCAACGGUCGCCCGCUCACCGUGGUUUCUGACGAUGUUAGGGACCCAGAACCUUUGACGCCAAACCAUCUCCUCCUCCUACGUCAGAGCAAUGUAUUCCCUCUGAUGUGUUUGGUAAGAGUGACAUGUACAGUCGACGGAGAUGGCGUCAAAUCCAAUUUCUCGCAGACGUCUUUUGGCGCAGGUGGACUCGUGAGUAUCUGCCUGCCCUCCAACAACGACAGAAGUGGUUAG